GGGAAAAAAGAAAGCUCAUUUUCCACGAGAAGUUGGGGUUCGGACGGAAAAGACUUGCAGCAUUCCGUUUGCACGACCCCUACGCAAAUAAGCGAAGCAAACACAUCCUCUAGCGUCCGGUCUGGAGUUGACGAUUGAGGUCAGUACAAAACAUUGAAGAAUCUGUCGACCCAGUGAGGAGAUUAGUGAGAGGAAGAGAAGAAGAGGAAAGAGAUGGAUUGGUGGGUCUCAAUGCCAAAGGUGGAACUGCAUGCUCACCUCAAUGGAUCCAUUAGGCACUCCACGCUUCUAGAACUUGCUCAAGCUUUAGGUGAGAAGGGUGUCGUAGAUUUCUCGGAACUUGAACAUGUCAUCCUCAAAAAGGAUCGUUCAUUGCGGGAAGUAUUUGAGUUGUUUGACCUAAUCCACCAUAUUACAACUGAUCACAUGACAGUUACAAGAAUCACCAAAGAAGUUAUUGAAGAUUUUGCAGCAGAGAAUGUUGUAUACCUAGAGUUGAGAACUACUCCGAAGGCAAAUGAUUCAAUUGGAAUGAGCAAACGCUCUUAUGUUGAAGCUGUCCUGAAAGGCCUGAGAGCUGUCAGCUCAGUUGAUGUGGAUUUCAUGCCUGGCAAUGAGAAUUCUGAAAGACUUGUAAAUUUUCUGACCCCAGCAAUGAAUAAUAGGUACAAUCUAAAUGCUAGAAAAAGAAUUGUUGUUAGGCUUCUGCUGAGCAUUGACCGCCGGGAGACAACAGCGGCAGCAAUGGAAACUGUCUUGCUUGCACUGGAAACGAGGCAUUUAGGGGUGGUUGGAAUAGACCUAUCUGGAAAUCCAGUUGUUGGUGAAUGGAUUACAUAUUUGCCAGCAUUGAAAUUUGCUCGAGAACAAGGUCUUCAUAUAACCCUCCAUUGUGGAGAGGUACCUAAUUCAAAGGAGGAGAUAAGGGACAUGCUUAACUUUCUUCCCCAAAGGAUUGGACAUGCUAUUUUCUUGGAUGAGGAAGAGUGGAAACAACUAAAAUCCUACAACAUCCCGGUUGAAAUUUGUUUGACUUCAAACCUAAGGACAUUUUCUGUUCCAUCAUUAGAUGUUCACCAUUUUGUUGAUUUGUAUAACGCAAAACACCCUGUAGUCCUGUGUACUGAUGACACUGGUGUGUUCUCUACCAGUCUCUCCAACGAAUACCGAAUUGCUGCUUCUACAUUUGGGCUCGGAAAGAAAGAAAUGUUUGAGCUGUCAAAGAAUUCUGUCGAGUUUGUAUUCGCAGAUAACGGAGUAAAGGAGGAGUUAAGAAAUAUUUUCAGCUCAGUGGCAAAGAGUUUCGAUGUAUAAGUACACAAUUUCAUGUAGGUAGAAAUUUGCAUUCAGGUUAUCUGACUUCUACUAGUUCUUCUACCAUAAAGCACAAUUUUAGCAGUAAAGUCUCGUGCUUUUAGCUGCUAUAUUCAAGAAUGAUUUUGGAUCUUGAUAAACUUGUUGUCUGUUCAUGGCUGUGCCAUGCCAUUGGAGAAAGUCAACUCAUUAGAGGUAUAUGCUUUAUUUAAUUGCUAUUUUUUCUGGUAA